CUCCGUUCCAUGAAAUGCGCGUCCCUUUAAUGUAUUAGGAUUGCUGCUCGUCGCCUGUCACGUCUCUAUCCCCUAGAAUCUCGUCAUGUCUUCCAGAACACCUACCUUUGGCCGCAUCAUCGGUGACCUCCUCCGAACAUCCAGACCUAGCUCAUCAUGCGACCAUCUUCGCUUCCGGCAAGCAUUCUGCAAAUCCACCCGGCAAUCGCGCCAUGUCUCUACAGCAGCUCCUCAACUCUCUGAGAUGGAAGUCGACGCAGAAAAGCCUCCGCGUUGGUCCCAAACGCCUCCAGCACUGAAAGCCCCCGUGCGCGUGCGACCGCCGCGGAUACAAACACCUCUCAAGAUCAACAAAGAUCAGCGCAAGCUAGAUGAUUUCUAUGUCAAGUUUUUGGGAAGAGACGGAGACAAAAUGCUGUCAGAGGAGACCAAAUGGCUAGCGGUCACGAACAAAAGUUUCGACGCUGGACGAAGAGGAUUCAACGACCGGCUCGCUUUUUUCGGCAAGCGUGUACUCGAGCUCCAGUGCUCACUAGGACUGAUAAGCGUCGCGGAUGCCUCACGCUACCUAAAGAGCACGGAGCAGGAUCCCUAUGGGCGGCAACCUUUUCGACACCCUGCAACCGAGUCCAUAGAGUGCCUUUUGGGGGGUGCUCAUCAUUGGUUCACAAGUCACAAGCAACUCUCGACUCUGGCAGAACAAUACGGCUUACCGGAAGUGGUGCGGUGGCAUCCCAGAGAUCCCGAACGUCUUCAAGCAUCUGGCUCUGAACUGGUCUACUCGCAAGCCAUCCUCGCGAUCAUCGGCGCCCUGGCCCUGGAACAAGGCGGUGCCGUGGCGAAUCAAAUAGCAAAGGAAAAAGUGCUCGUGCCACUGGGGCUGAAAUUAAAUUGGAAACCCAAGGCAGAGCUUACGCAGCCGGCGCCAUAAAGAUCAGGAACCCUUUACUCUCGCAUGUGUAUUAACAGCUAUCGGCACUAUACCGUCAUCAUGGCAUGUACAGAAAAUAGAAGAAAUGUCUGGGGCCUCUGACACCGCCUGAGCAACCGUCAAAAAAAUAUGCUCAGCCAGCUCUUAUGGUCCCGUCCACGAAAUAAAACUUCGAUCGGUCUCCGCGUCUCUAAAUCGCAAAGGUCGGCAACUGAGUAGAGCCAUAAGACUGGGGACAGAAUGUCCGCAAUCUCAGGCAAGGAUGCUGCAUUGCACUGUCUUUCGGGCGCGUUGAUAUGGAAAGAAAGGAAAAAAGGAAGUUUGGGGAAAUUCUUUUGUUUGGAGAUAUUGGAGCGGGCGAGGCUGUCGGCGACACUAUUUGCUUGGCACGCCGUGGCACGUUACGGAGCUCACGUGCGACUCAUCACGACGCGUAUGCCGCUUUUAUCAGCGACGUACCCUCCCUCUCAUGUACCAUCACAGUCACCACCUUGAGUCUUCACCAGGAAUGGAAAGGAAAUUACUGGCAUGAUGGCUCGGCGGGAGGCCGAUCUGACAACAUGCCAUCGCACUGUAUAUGUUCAGCACUCAACCCCAGCCUCCUCGGUAGAAGGCACAACCAGCCAGAUCACUACUCCUUGCGGGUAAACCUGGUUGACUUAUGGUAUCAAGCUACCUCGUACUUCGAUGUGACUCCUGGCUUCAUCCCUCG